UGGUGAUGUCAUCACUAUUAAUAAAUAUAGUAGUCCUUUACUAGUAGAGGUCAUUAAUGAUAAAGAUAAAACAAUUAAAUUAAGAGAGAUUAAAGAUGAUAAGUAUCUUUCGAAAAAUAAAAUUAAAAACUUUUUAUCUAAAUCAAAAGAGUCAUUAAAUUUCUCAACUAACUUCAAAAAUGCUCUAAUUUUCGCUAUAAAACAAAACGAUGAUGGUGAAAUAAGUUUACAAAGAAAAAAUAAAUACUUAGAGCUAAAUGACAAUAAAGAAUUUCGUUUGUCAUCCAAAGAGAGAUUAUUGACCUUAAAAAAACAGCAAAGCAUAGAAAACAUUGCUAGUUAUAAUGAAGAAAUAAUUGAAAUAAGUCUUUGCGAAGAAAAAGCGAAAAAAAUCGGUAAUGAAAAAUCAUUAAUUGUUCGUGAUUUUCACGAUAAUGAAAGCGGAAAUAGUUCAAAACACACUUUUAAAUUUAACGAGACAAAACAAAGAGAACAUAGUUUUACGUGGUCUACUGAUUUUACUUUAGGGGUUUCAGCAAAUUUUAAAUUAGUUUGCUCUUCAGUUGCUGGAAUAGAUAUUGGUGGACAAUUUCAAGCAAAGUCUGGCAUUUCUAACACUGUCAAGGAAACUGAUACUGAAACUACCGAAAAAAGCCUUGAAGUUGUCUGUCCGCCAUGGAAAAAAAUGCAAGUUGUGUCAGAGAUUAAAAAAACUAAAUUAACUAUUCCCUACACAGCAAGCAUUAAAAGAAUAGUAGGUGGCACGAUUUACAAGUAUUUGGUGGAUGGGGAAUAUUCUUGUGAAGAAAGUCUUUGUUGCAACUCAUCUAACAAAGAAAUUGCUGCCAGAAACAUCUUGCUAGUAGGCUGCACUGGAAGUAGAAAAUCCACUUUAGCCAAAGUUUUAAGUGGUGAUGAUAGCUUCGAAGAAGGUUCUGGAUCAGUUUCAAAAACUAAGUUUUUCAAAAAAAAAAGAGAAGAAUUAAUUAGAAUUGGGGAAGCUAUUAGUUCUGCUCAUCAAGGAUUAAGUCAGGUGCUGUUUGUCUUUAGUGGAAGGCUGUCUGAUAAAGAAAAAGAAGGCUUUGGCAAGUUAGCAGCUUUGAAAAUUACUAAUUCUUAUAUUACCUUGAUAAGGAGCAAAUUUGUCAAUUUUGGUAAUAAAGAAGCAUGUAAAAAAGAUGAACAAGCAUUAAAAGAAGAAAGUCCAGAGAUUAGUCAAUUACUUAACAAUUGUCGAGGACUUCUGCAUAUUGAUAAUGAUGAUGAUGACGAAUAUUUACGCAAGGACUCGCGAGAAGAGAAGGCAAAACUAGAAAAUGAAAAAGAACAAGCAGAUAAUAUUCAAAAAAAAGCCAUUGAUCAACAAAUUGAUAUUCUAAAAGAAAAUACUGCUGCUCAGGUUAAGGAGAAAAUUCAAGGAGAAGAAAUUAGUGAAGUCUUUCAAUUAGCUCAAAUAGUUCAAAAAGAGAAUAAUCCAAAAAUAAUAAUCCUAAUUGGAUCAACUGGCAAAGGAAAAUCCACUUUAGCUAAUGUAAUGGUGAAUGUUGAAAAUAAAUUUAUAGAAAGCGGAGCCAGUGUUAGUGGAACUAGAGAAAUUCAAAAAGAAGAAUUUAUUGAAAAUAAUAUUAAUUUUGCUGUAAUUGAUACGGUAGGAAUGGGCGAUACUAAGUUAAAAAAAGAAGAAGUCUUAGACAAAAUAGCUGAAGCAGUUUACUUAGCACGGGAGGGAAUUAGUCAAGUUUUUUUUGUUAUUGACGACAAAUUUAACCCUCAUGAAAUGGCCAAUUAUGAUUUAUUAAAGACUAUUAUCUUUGACCAGGAGGUUGUUAAUCAUACUACUAUUGUUAGAACUCGCUUUAAAAAAUUUAAAGAGUCAAAAGAGUGCGAAAAAGACAUUGAGUUAAUGAUUGGACAAGCAAUUAAAAGUGGUAAAGAUGACUUUAGAAUCAUUUCUCAAACAGAUGUAGAAAGUAAUAAAGUAGAGUUAGUUUCUCAACAGGAAGAAAAAAUGUUCACGGUUGAGAGAAAAAGUAUUAGUGAAGACUUUAAAAGCGGAGAUGAGAAAGAAUUUCUCAACAAGCAAAUCAAUAAAUUACGAGAAGAAAUAAAAGAACUAGAAGAAGCCAAAAAAUUAAAAAGAGAGAUUGAAGAAAAAGAAAAGGCCAUUCGGCAAGCAGUCUUAAAACAUCUUUUUAAGAACUACAAUGAAAUUACUGAGGUAACAGGAGGUAGUGAUUUUAUUGACAAUAUUGGUCUUUCAAAAGUAAAGGUAAAGGGCGUCAAAGAUAGUUCUGUGGAAGAAUUAUUAAGUCAAUUAGAAGAACUAGAAAAAAACUCGGAAGAAAAGGAAGGUUUGAUGAUUUUGUCAUUAAAGGAAAUCGAAACUGAAACAGAAAAAAGAGAAAAAGAAUUAGUUGAAUUAAACAAACAAGAUGAUAAGAAAUCAAAACCUGAAGAAGUAUUAGAUUACGAUAUUAAACAAUUAAAAAGUGAAUAUUAUGAACAAUUAGGAAAAGAAGUAGAUAUAUUUGAUAAACAUAAUCAGCAAUUAAGUCAGGAAGAGGAAAUAAGUAAAAAAACAGCUAAUAUCCUAAUAAUUGGCAGAAUAGGGAGCGGCAAAUCUACCUUGGCUAACUUAUUAUUUAAUAAAAAAGAAAAUUUUGAGAAAGAAGGUAGUUUCAAAAAAGUUUUUAAAGAAGGCGGUAGUAGUGUUAGUAAAACUAAAAAAAUUCAAGUCGAAGAAUUUGAAGAUAGUGGAAUAAGAUAUCGGAUAGUCGAUACAGUUGGAAUUGGAAAUACAAGCAUGUCAUUAGAUAAAGUAUUACGCAAACUAGCCUUAAUGGGUUAUUCGGUAAAAGAUGGCUUGAGUCAAAUAUUGUUUGUGACUGAUGGUAGAUUAGCAGAGGAAGAAAAUUCAACAUAUGAUUUACUAAAAAAAGUAGUUUUUGACGAAAGUAUUGCUGAAUAUACAACCAUUGUCAGGACCAAUUUUGCCGAGAUAAUUUAUGUAGAUAAUCCGCCAGUUGAUAUUGCUGACAAUGAAGAAAUAGUUAAUUUAAAUAUGAAAAGAAGAGAAAAGUCUAGAGAGAUGUUACUGGAACAUUUGAGGAAUGUUUGUCAAGAUUGA